CUUAACCUGCGCCGGCUCAGCGCCCAGCCGCACCGGACCAUGCUACCGUGCGCCACCGAGCGAGUAACUCUAACCCCGCCCGCUCCACAGUCCUCGAGGCGCUGCUGCUUCGCGGUGAGCCAACGAAAGCCUGCAGAGGCAAACGAGAGCGACAGGGAAGAAGGGUGGCAGAGCCUGCCGCGACAUCGCGCGUCCUCUCCAUAAAAGCCACCUCGCUCGCUGUGAGCUCAAAAGAAGACGCAGUUUAGCUUUAGCGAGAGAUGGCGAAAGCUAAAGCGGUCCCCUUUUAACCACCUCAAGCUUCCGCCUCCUCACCGCUUCUUUCCCCUUCCAUCGAUGGCGUCCGGAGUCCCUUCUUCCGCCGUCUUCCUCUCGAUUGCGUUCAACCCUCCCGCCCCCACAAGCGAAUGAGAUCGUUCCCCGGGUCCAAACACUAGCGGAGAGGAGGAGUAAGUGGUGGUGGAGGCGAUGAAUGCCAAAGCGCGGACGCGGUCGCAAGGCACGAAAGCUUCCCCGAAGAACGAGAAAGGAAGCGGCAAGGAGAAGAAGACUGGGAUGGAGCGUAAUGGAUCAAUGGCUACAGAGGAUGUAUCCAAGAGAUGCCAAUCUAGAAGCGAUAGGAAGCUUGCUCUGCAGCAAGAUGUUGAUAAGCUAAGGAAGAAGCUGAGAAACGAAGAGAAUAUCCACAGAGCUUUGGAGAGGGCUUUCACCAGACCUUUGGGUGCUCUUCCUCGCCUUCCACCAUAUCUGCCUUCACAUACUCUGGAACUUCUGGCUGAAGUCGCCGUAUUAGAAGAAGAGGUGGUUCGCCUCGAAGAACAGGUGGUGAAUUUUUGGCAAGGCCUCUAUCACGAAGCUAUAUUUAUCUCAUCCUGCAAGAAAACGAAGGAAUUAGGAUCUGAUGCUCGGUUCCUUUCUCAAUGCUCCAAAACAUUGGAGCAACCAAAGUCGUAUUCGGAUUCAGCAUAUUCUGAAGACUCGGUCUUCAUCAAACAGCCAACCUCUGUGCAGCGGUCUUCGAACAUGGACCAAACCAUCACUUCAUCUACUCGUUUCACCAAUGGCAAACUUGCACCAAAGAAGCCGCACUCAUCUUUGGCGGUCACUGAUAAGCAGCAAGGAAAAGAGAACCUUAUUAGUGGUAAUGUUGGUAGGAACUGCAAGAAAUCUCCAGCAAAGAAAGUCCCAAAAGUGAGCGCUGCUGCAAAGAGAGAUACACAGGCAGAUUCGUGGCCAAAAUGCACUUCUGUCUAUGAUGAAGGAGCUGAAAUUAAGUUAAGUGGUUGUUUAAAAGAAGCAGCAUUUGAGAAGGCCAAUACUACAAGUGAAUCAACACUUCAUGAACCGAAUGGCCCGAACAAACUAUCUGAGGAUAUCUUGAAGUGCCUGAUGGAUGUUUUCUCACGGAUGAGCUCCCCGGGGAACACAAAAGAGCACAUGGAGACAUCUCCAUCAGUAUCAGGAUCUAGUGGGCGUUUGGAAGAGUCGGAUUCCAUAGACCCAUAUGGUAUCUGUGCAGAAUUUGGAAGAAGAGACAUUGGCCCAUACAAACUUUUCCAAGCAGUUGAAACAAGCUUGAAUGUUCGAGACCUUCUCAUGGGUUGUUCAUUUCUUACAUCGAGAUUAAAACGUCUGCUCGGAGAACUUGCAUCAGUGGAUUUAGCAGGUCUUACACAUCAGCAGAAGAUUGCAUUCUGGAUUAACAUUUACAAUUCAUGCAUGAUGAAUGCAUUUCUAGAGCAAGGGAUUCCUGCUAAUCCUGAGAUGAUUAUUGCACUGAUGCUAAAGGCUAUGAUUAAUGUGGGUGGUCACCUACUCAAUGCAAUGACAAUUGAACAUUUCAUACUGAGGCUGCCUUAUCGGUCGACACAAGUCUCCCCGAAGGGUUCUAAAAGUGAUUAUGUGACAAUGCGAGGCAUAUUUGGAUUGGAAUGGCCUGAACCCUUGGUUACAUUUGCACUUUCAUGUGGAAGUUGGUCGUCCCCCGCUGUGAGAGUGUAUUCAGCAGAUCAAGUCGAGAAUGAGUUGGAAAGAGCCAAGAGAGACUAUUUGCAAGCAGCCAUUGGUAUUUCCACACCAAACAGAUUGGCAAUUCCUAAGCUGCUCGACUGGUACCUACGUGAUUUUGCCAAAGAUGUUGAUUCUUUAAUGGAUUGGAUCUGCUUGCAACUGCCAGAUGAGUUGAGGACUGAAGCAAUCAAAUGCCUUGAGAUGGCCAAAAGAAGUCCAAUUCAGCAGCUGAUUCAACUUCUUCCAUAUGAGUUCAGAUUCAGAUACCUUUUGGCUCCAUAACCGACUUGUACAUCUCACAACAGUAUGAUGCUUUCCAUGGUAUCCCAAGUGUUAAUGGUUUGUGAUAUCGAUUUGAUAAGAACAUUGAAAUUUGUUGAAUAAGAUUUUGCAUUUUUGUGAUUGUAGCUCUGAGUUUGUUUUGCAUGCUCAUGUAAUGUAUGCAUCUGCCAUAAAGACAGUACAGAAAUAU